CUUCGGCAAAUAUUUUGUGCCAGAACAUAUUUUGUGCUUUGCGCGGAAGUGGAAAGAAAUUCCGAACUGAUCGAUAACAAAGUGCAUACGACUUCGAUGCGCCAUUGAUAAGCUUAUUAUGGGAAACCUACAACGGUACACUGGCAGCUAACAUUGCAGAAAUAUAUCAGAAAUAAUCCUGAAAUACCCACUGAUAUUAGCUUCGAACUCGGGUGACUUGGUUAUCUGCCAGUUCAAAAAUGGCUCAGAGUGGUUCAAAGAAAACCCAGAACCAAGUGCUGGACCAGCUAGCAAAGGCGACCCAUUUCAACCGGAACGAAAUCGAGGCGCUUGUUCUCAUGUUUAGGAAGACGCUGCGACCGAAGACGGACAAGCUGGACCGCAGCAAGUUCCGUGAUGUGCUCCACAACACCUUCGACAUGACCGACGACAUGCUGAUGGAUCGAGUGUUCCGCGUCUUCGACAAAGACAACGACGGCCUCAUCAACAUGGAGGAAUGGGUUACCGGUCUGUCCGUCUUCCUGCGCGGCACGCUUCAGGAGCGCAUCAACUACUGCUUCGCCGUGUACGACUUCAACGGCGACCAGUCUCUGGCGCGGGACGAGGUCUACCACCUGCUGAAGAACAGCGUCAUGAAGAACCCCCAGGAGGAAGAUCCUGAGGAGGGCGUGCGCGACCUCAUUGACCUCGUCAUGAAGAAGCUGGAUGUGAACCACGACGGAUUUGUGUCCUUUGAUGACUACGAGGCUACAGUGAAGAUGGAGCCCCUCUUGCUGGAGGUGUUUGGACCCUGCCUGCCGCAGCAGGAAUCGCUAGAAACGUUCCUCACCACCUUUGUCGAGCCUAAGCGAACGCCCGGCUAUGAAGGAUAAAUUCUUCUUUUUUUUUAGCUUAUUUAACAAGACUCCUUCAAGUCGUGAUGUAUGUCAGCUGUAUUGCGGUGCUAUUCAAUGCAAUGAAAACGACGCAUAUUCGAAUCCAGCUUAACUAGGAUUGCUAGAUGUUCCGUUCCGACUACCGUCACGUUUGUCGACGUCAAUCCUAGUAAGUAUGUUAACAUUCCCCGCUGGCUGUGUAGUUCAGAAUUUGACAAGCAGCUCAUCUCGUUUUACUGUUAUCCAAAUCACUGCAGCUGCUCAAGUAAUACAGCUGAUGACCGA